UAACCAACAGGAGUAACCUGUAAAGAACCUCCCUAACUUUAUUAAUUUAUAUUCGUUUUCCCUAGUUUUUAAUUAAUCUUCUUCUCAAAAUGCAUGUUUCCAACCACGCCAAUGACCCUAGACGACCUGAUAAGGAGCACAGGUAUAAACCUCCUGUGUCAAACCCAAAUAGUGCAACAGCUGAAGAUCUGACUCCAGAUUACAUGAAUAUUCUAGGAAUGGUAUUCAGUAUGUGCGGAUUAAUGAUGCGACUGAAAUGGUGUGCUUGGGUAGCUUUGUACUGUUCUUGUAUCAGUUUUGCCAAUUCUAGAGUCAAUGAUGAAACUAAACAGAUUGUCAGCAGUUUUAUGUUGUCAAUUUCUGCAGUGGUGAUGUCAUACUUGCAAAAUCCUCAACCAAUGACUCCUCCUUGGGCAUCUUAUUAACAAAUUUAUUAUUAUAAUUAUUAUUGUCAUAAACAGAAGUAUAAAGUUUUAUAAUAACUUAUAUUGUAUAUUAUGUAUUAUAUUUUUAUAAGCUGUUCUGUGCAUUUGCUUUUAGGGAUGGUUACUUCUUUAAAUAAACCUUAUUUUUAUGAGUAA